AUGAUUGAGAAGAAAUCAUCAGAGGUAUUUGAGGAUAUUAGCAAUUUGGAGAGAUGUGAAGUCAGCAGCACGAAGACUAAAGGUUCCUCUAAUAAGGUACAGUCCGAGGAUCUAAAUAGAGCAUUGACCAGUCGACAGAUUCGAAUGAUAACCCUAGCAGGUAUCAUUGGAACAGGGUUAUUUUUGGGAGGGAGUGCUUUAGCUGAUGCGGGCCCUUUAUCUAUGCUUCUAGUUUAUUUGAUUAUUGGUUUAGUUGUCUUUUUGACCAUGCUAUCUUUAGGAGAAAUGGCAACUCAGUUUCCUGUAUCUGGCUCAUUUACAACUUAUGCAAAAAGAUUUGGUAGUGAGAGUUUCGGAUUUGCAAUGUUGACGAACUACUGGCUAAAUGAUGCAAUAUCUGUUGCUAGCGAUUUAACUGCAUUGCAAUUAGUCUUAGCAUACUGGACUAAUUUCCCAUUUUACGUCGUAUCAUUAAUUUUUUGGGUGUUUCUAUUAUUCUUGAAUGUUAUUCAUGUCAAGUUGUAUGGGGAGACAGAGUAUUGGCUCUCUCUCUUGAAAAUUGUGACAAUUGUUAUAUUUUUCAUCGUUGCAAUUGUCGUUAAUGCAGGUGGUAAUACACUGCAUGAAUAUAUCGGCUUCAAAUAUUGGUCUAUGGGAGAUGCUCCAUUUGUUAAUGGAUUCAAAGGCUUCGCCGGGGUUUUUGUUACCGCCGCAUUUGCAUAUGGUGGUGUUGAGUCUGUCACUCUCACUGCGGCUGAACAAAAAAAUCCAACUAGAACAAUGCCCACGGUCAUAAGGACAGUGUUUUGGCGUAUUUUGAUAUUUUACGUUUUUACGAUGUUCUUUAUCGGAAUGAAUGUUCCAUAUAACUACCCUAAUUUAUCUACAAAGGAGGCCGCCACAUCACCUUUCACUAUAGUCUUUCAAAUGGUCGGUGCAAAGGGCGCUGCGUCAUUUAUGAAUGCUGUAAUAAUGACUUCCGUUAUAUCGGCGGGAAAUCAUGCGCUUUUUGCAGGUUCAAGGCUCGCAUAUAACUUAAGCAUUCAAGGAUAUAUUCCAAAAGUUUUCACUCGAGUUAACAGAUUCAAGAUUCCUUAUGUCGCUGUCAUAUUUACGUGGUUAUGUGGUGGAUUGAGUUUUGGUUCCUCAUUUAUUGGAGCUGGAGAGUUAUGGUCGUGGUUACAGUCUAUUGUUGGUCUCUCUAAUCUCAUAUCAUGGUGGGUUAUAAGCGUUAUAAGCAUAAGAUUUAGACGAGGUUUAGCUCGCCAAGGAAGAACAGAUGAACUUUUAUUCAAAAAUUGGACUUAUCCUUAUGGUCCCUGGUUCGUGUCUAUUUUCGUCGCCUUUGUGAUCCUUGUCCAGGGUUGGUCAAGCUUUUCACCUUUCAGUGCUAACGACUUCUUCAAAUCUUAUGUGGAGCUAGCAGUAUUUCCAUUAACAUUUGCAAUAUGGUGGGUCAUAAAAAAGGGAAAAGAUAAAUUUGUCAAGUUUGAAGAUAUGGACUUUGAUAGCGACAGAUACUUUGAAACUGAGGAAGAUAAGGAAGAGAAUGCACAUUUAGAUAGCUUGCGAGGCUUGCAGAAAUUAAAACAUAAUCUUCUUAGCUCCUUCUUAUAA